UUAGGAUAGAAAGUCAUCAGCCCGUUCCUAUGGUUGCCUUCCUAGCCAGUCUAGUUUGAGGUUUUGGGUAGAUUUCAGCUAUGCUUUUGAAGGUUAUCCUUCUGUUUCUUAUCAUCUAUGUUGCUGCAUCCCAGUUCGACAAUUUCAUCUUCAAUGGAUUCCACAACCUGAGUGGUGGAGGAUCCUACAACCUGAGUGGUGGAGCAUCAAUUACACCAACAGGACUUUUGAAGCUGACCAAUGGCAAAACUUUUGAGAGUGGUCAUGCCUUCUUCUCUACACCCCUUGGCUUCAAGAACUCUUCAAAUGGUAAUGUUUUCUCUUUCUCUACAACUUUCAUCUUCGCAAUCGGCCCUGACAACAAUGCCUUAAAAGGAGAUGGAAUGGCAUUCGUCAUCUCCCCUUCAAAUAAUCUCUCUGGAGCUCUUCCUGGCCAUCAUCUCGGCCUCUUCAAUGUUACCAACAAUGGGAAUCCAUCCAGUCAUAUUGUCGCGGUUGAACUCGACACCUUCAUGAACCCAGAAUCCAGUGAUAUUGAUAGUAACCAUGUUGGAAUUGAUAUCAAUGGAUUAAAGUCUAUCAAAUCCUCUCCCGCUGGUUAUUUUUCUGACAAAAAUGGCAGAUUCAACAACUUGAGUCUUACAAGCAGUGAGCCGAUGCAAGUUUGGGUGGAGUAUAAUGGCAUAGAAAAACAAUUGAAUGUAACGUUAUAUCCAAUCGGUGUACCAAAACCCAACCGCCCGCUUUUGUCUUUGUCCAUCGAUCUUUCGCCUAUCAUCUUGGAUUCCAUGUAUGUUGGUUUUUCUUCAGCUACGGGUGUUCUUGUUGCAUCUCAUUAUGUUCUUGGAUGGAGUUUUCAGAUGAAUGGAGAAGCUCGAGCUAUUAAUGUUUCAAGCCUUGCUUCUCUUCCUUGGAAAGAAAGAUCUAGAAAGAAAUCAAAGGUUCUGAUCACGGUUGCAUUGCCUGUAAUCGUAGCAGCUGUUGUCUUGAUUACCAUCUUAGGUAUUGUCUUUAUGAUUAGAAGGAAGAAGAAAUCUGCUGAAGUGCUUGAAGAUUGGGAGCUUGAUUAUGGACCCCACAGGUUCUCGUACAAAGAUCUAUCUAUUGCCACAAAGGGCUUUGCAGAUAAAGAGCUUCUGGGGACUGGAGGUUUUGGUAAGGUGUAUCGAGGCGUCUUGCCAAUAUCCAAAAUCGAAGUUGCAGUGAAAAGAGUCUCUCAUGAAUCGCGACAAGGGAUGAGGGAGUUUGUAGCAGAGGUCGUGAGCCUUGGCAGGCUUAAGCAUCGGAACUUGGUGCAACUCCUUGGCUAUUGCCGCCGCAAGCAAGAGCUACUGUUGGUUUAUGAUCUCAUGCACAACGGUAGUCUCGAUAAAUUCCUCUUUGAUCAGCCCAAAAUGACCCUUGACUGGAGCCAUAGGUAUCGAAUCAUCAAAGGAGUAGCUUCAGGGCUUCUCUAUUUGCAUGAAGAUUGGGAACAAGUCGUUAUUCAUCGAGACAUCAAAGCUAGCAAUGUUUUAUUAGAUGAAGAAAUGAAUGGACGGCUUGGUGACUUCGGCCUAGCGAGAUUGUACGGUCACGGAUCCUUUCCUCAAACUACCCACGUUGCUGGGACCUUCGGCUAUCUUGCACCGGAACUCGCUAAAACUGGUAAGGCCACCACAAGCACUGAUGUGUUUGCUUUUGGAGUUUUCAUGCUUGAGGUCGCUUGUGGGAGGAGGCCAAUAGAGCACCAUGCAUCAGCAGAGGAGUCGAUCUUGAUCGAUUGGGUAUUGGAAUGUUGGAGGAGAGGUACGAUCUUGAAUGCUGCAGAUCUGAAAUUGGAAAGUGGUUAUGUGGCGGUUGAAAUGGAGUUGGUCAUGAAGCUUGGACUGCUUUGUUCGCACCCUCAUUCCGUGGCUAGGCCGACCAUGCGACAAGUCAUGCAGUAUUUGGACGGUGAUGCUCCUCUUCCUCAACUGUUUCCGAAUGAUUUUGUUGUUAGCACUUUUGCAUUGGGCCAAAAUGAAGAUUCUGAUGAUCGUCUCCCACCAUAUCUGUCUUCCAUCGAAGCAUCUAUUCUCUCUGGUGGCCGUUGAUUUGUGCAAUAUCCAUUGUUUGUAACCUUUGUGUGAUUAGUUUAGUUUGAUAAAUAAUGUGAUUUUUAUCCCUUUUUUUUAUUA